GUAUUCUUCACUUCACGACUUCAUCUCGUUCGAAUCAUCGUUAUAACACCGAAGCCUCAUCAGCUAUCCGCUCUGUGAGCGGGUCGGCACUCCCAAUCUUGACGAGCGAUGGAUCACCUUCACCACAACCAUGCACACAUCCAUCUUCACCGACGACAUGGCGCCGAAGAGAUCGUCCCGUUCAUACAACCCGUGGAAAGAGCAGAAGAUCCGUCUCCCGUACAAUUAGACCCUCAACUCAAGAUUGUUGCCGGCAGAGCCAUUUCGGAGCCAUCAUCAGCCUCAACAGCCAGCACAUCAUGUCUGCCAAACGAUAGUCGUCCACAAUGCGAAAAGCCUCAAGGCUCUAGGGCCUUGCCCAUAGCUCUGGCCUCGACCAUUCCAAUAAUUGUCGCCAUCAUCGUAUUCAUCUUCCUCCACCGCCGGAACAAGAAGAAGGUUGCAUUGGAAGACAUGGACGCCAAGCACAAAUCUCUCGACUUUGGUAUCGAUCCUGCUACCAUGCCUGGAGGCAAGAAGAAGGGCAAGAAGGGUGCUCUUGCGGAUCUCCAGCUGGACGAAAAGAAACAGCGUAAUCACGGAAAUGCUUUGUCAAUGGACAUGGACAUGUCUAGUCCCUACCUUUUGCCAGCCGGCAUGAACGGCUCGCGCGAAUCCUUCCACUCCCUGUCACGGUCAAUGAAGGAUACUCACGACCCGUAUGGAUCGGUGCACCAGAUGUCCAACGACGGUCCGUACGCUCGUGGUCUCCGCGCUGACAACAUGUCCGUCUUCACGGCCUCGAGCAAGAGCACCAAUCCUUUGAUUAGGGGGGCCUCACCCAUGGGCAGAUCAAUUCCUCAGCGCGGCGACUCCAUCCCAACUCCGACAGAUCGCACACCUCCCGAGAUCAAGUUUCCUGAGCCUUCGCACCAGCCGGAUUCCGCCAUCAGCGGCCUACCACCAAUGAUCGAUGGCGCUGGUCCCUUGGUGGAGGAACCCGAGGGCAGACAGGACUACUUUAGUGCCAACCAGCAACAAGAUCCAAGCCCCGCAGCGCGCGACAGUGUAUCAACCAGAGGCUCCAGACCAUCUCAGAGCGCGAACCGACCUCCGCGCCUUCAAUCAAUGGAAGCUGCAGUGCACAAUACCAACACUCAUAGCAUCGCAAGCCUAUCUAGCGACUAUGGAGACAAUUUCAAGGUGACGCCCCCAUCGCCAAUCGUUGAGACUACGUUGGAGCUUCCUGCACGGCACUCGAUGGAAGCUAUAACUCCACCUACCGAGAUACAGCAACCCAAACCGACUGGUCUGGGCGUUGAGGGCUUCAACGGUGACGGGAACAAGAGAUUUUCCAUGAGCAUACGUCCGUUGCCAAUAGACGACCCUACGGAAAACCCCGAAGAGCGCGCAAACCGGAUAAGAUCCUUUUACCGUGAAUACUUUGACGACUCGCGGCCCGAUCCUGCAGGUCACUACGGCGAUUAUUACGAAGACUACGGUCAGGAGUAUCUCGAUGGUGCCAUUUUCGAUCCCGACUCGGGCCAAUUUGUUAUGGCGGGAGCUCCAUACGCUGAGCCCAUUACUCGUCGCGCAAUGACUCCACCGCCCCGUGCGCCUCCACGUAUGGGACCCAAGGGUCAUUACUCCAGCGGUUCCACUGCCCGAUUCAUGCCACCUCGUGGCCAGUCCUCAAUGAGCGGCAUGAACAGUCCCAGGAAACCGCUUCCUCCUCCGGCUUCUCUCAAGUCGCUGCCGACGCCGCAUCUGCUCAAGGAUGAUGCGAACCUGUUCACUGCCCUUGACUUUGCACCGCCUGUCAGCUUCAGAGAUCGACAGGCUGGUCGCCGCCCUGACAGUCCACUAGGCACUCCUAGACCGUACUCGCCUGCUGUUCAGCCUCACGUUCCGCUGUCGUCUCCGUUCACAGAGCUAAAGGCGAUGCCCAGCCCUCAUUCUCUUCGCAAAUCUGGAACGUUUACCGGUCUUGACUUUGCGCCAAAUGCACACCUUCUCAACAAACCUAGCAACGACAGUGACGCCCGUAGUGUCAUGAGUAGUCGCUCUGGUAUGUCGCGCAUGCAGCUACACAAUAUCCGCGCGGGAGCCUACCGUGUGAGCCGCAUACCCAAGGAGAUGGUCGGUACCAGGGACGACAUUGUUACAGCGUUGAAGCCUAAGUGGGACCUUACCGCUCCGGCAUAAUGAAGGCAUGACUUUGACACUCGCGAGCCAUCUGUUCUUUCAUUCUCGGCAUUUCAAGCGUUUCGGCGUCGACACUUUGGUAGUGUUCUCUACGACCUUAUAGACGGACUACCCCACAAACGCAGCUGGCCGGUCCAGAGCCAACGAUUUCGACUCGCUCUUUGUUGACUGCAGCUGACUCACCGCUAUUCAGGGGCAGACACUGCGCCUCUCCCCACAUAAUCGCACCCCCAAUCCUUCCUUUCGACGGUUACAUUUUUCCUCUUACAUGGUCUGAACCGUGACUACUAUUUACGGCGCAGAUAAUUGGGCUGGUAAUGUGCAAGCUGGGAAUAGGCGUUUACCUGUUGUUUCAUUGUCCAGCUGAGAUCAAGCUGAUCUGCGGCAGUCGAUAAAAAAAUCUUAAAGUUAGUAUGUAGUCGUGGUGGAGAGCAGCCUGUAGAUAUGUAAAUU